AUGGUCGGCUCACAUGGGCUGGAGAUUAGGGGCGCCUCGGAGUCUACCACUAAAGGUGCCACUGCCUCUGCUUCCAAAGGCCAACCCGCGCGCGUUGGAAAUGAGGACAUCAUGAUCACCCCGUCGCUCUCUCCUGAGCCACUGACUCCCGUCCGUACUCGGUCCCCUUUGGCUCGCUCGCAUCUACGCUCUCGUUCACUGGCCGGCAUUCCCGGUAUGCCUUCCAUGACCCGCGCAUAUUCCUCUCCUGGAAUGGACUCGCGAGGUCGGUACAUCUUCGUGAACGGCCGCGGGGUGCCGACACCUCAACCCACCCUUGACAACACCAAGCGAUCCACAACCUCACAGAUGCGCACCGACGACCAUAUCGAGACUCGCCUGGGCUCCUUGAACAUUUCCGAGACCAUCUCCGAAUACGCAGAGCUCGAAACACUGCCACGCUCCCCCUCUUCGCCCGUGCUGAUGCCACAGACAUUUUCACGCAGCGCCCGACUGCGCUCGACUUCUCCUCUGCAUUUCCAGCAGCAACACAUCAACAGCCCCCCCUCGGUGCACGGCUCACCUACACUCGGUGGUCGAUACAAUGAAGCCUACCCCAUCCACUCAGCUUCUUCCACUUCCUCCAUCCCUUCCACCCCGACCAGUUUCCGCUCUCGAAGCCCGAGUAUUUCGUCCCUGGAGACUAUUCCGGAUAUUCCUGACGCUGAGGCUGAAGCGCUGGAAGAGGAGAGAAUUGCCGAGCUCAAGGCCGCCGCCGAUGCCGACGAUGCGGCAGGCACUGCAGGUCGUCGACGAGGCGCUUCCGACGUGGCCACCCCUUAUAACUCCUUCAGCCUGACUCGUGGAGGAAACAAUGCCUACACCUCACGGAUUGACAAGCGCAAACGCUGGAGUGUCUGCGGAGCUGAGCGCCGCCAAGACCUCGACUUGGAGACCAUCUGGGAGGACUAG